ACGACCGGAAGUUAUCCGCUGAGGAGGGGUAGGGGGGGGUCCCUAAUGAUUCCCAACGAAACGAUGAAGACGUAGCCCCGGGCGGCGAGGACAGCGACGGGAUGUCGGUGAAUUACGCGGCGGGGUUGUCGCCCUACGCGGACAAAGGGAAAUGCGGCCUCCCGGAGAUUUUCGAUCCACCGGACGAGUUGGAGAGGAAGAUCCACCAGCUGGCUGACUUGAUCCAGAAUUCUUUCAACGUGGUCUUUCACACCGGGGCGGGUAUCAGCACAUCUUCAGGGAUUCCGGAUUUCAGAGGCCCAAAUGGGGUGUGGACCAUGGAGGAGCGGGGCCUGGUGCCCAAAUUUGACACCACCUUUGAGAACGCGAGGCCCUCGAAGACGCACAUGGCUCUGUUGGAGCUCCACCGCGUGGGCAUCCUGCACUUCCUGGUCAGCCAGAACAUCGACGGGCUUCACGUGAGGUCCGGCUUCCCCAGGGACAAGCUGGCAGAACUGCACGGGAACAUGUUCGUAGAGGAAUGCAUUAAAUGUGGCAAGCAAUACGUGAGGGACACCGUUGUGGGCACCAUGGGGCUCAAACCCACCGGCCGGCUCUGCGACGUCUCCAAACGCCGAGGGCUCCGAUCCUGCAGAGGCAAGUUAAUGGACACCAUCUUAGACUGGGAGGACUCCCUGCCGGACCGGGAUCUCAAUUUGGCCUCCGAAGCCAGCAGGUCGGUUUUUCCACAACACCGGUCCCAAAUUUCUGAAUUUCCGUUGGGUUGGCUCUUUCAGAAUCUAUCCACAGUGGUGGGCGGAAGCCACCGUUGA